GUCGGCGAGACAGCUGUCAAGUGUCAAAGAUGCGUAUUUGUAUCACGAUCUCGUCUCCUGUUACGAGGCACCGUCGUUCGUCGCGAGGUAUACGUCGGUGAUAAGUGCGGAGGCGUGUGUACGUACAUAAUCACGAUGCUCCGUGCGACGCGUAGAAACCGCAGACUCUGCCCCUAAAUGCUCCGCACCGCACCGCGCUAUCUCACGAUACGGCGCGGCGGCAGCCACCGAUUAAGCGAGGAUAACCUCUGAGAGUCCGCGACUCGAGGGACCUUUGCCACGUAAAUUGCGCGUCACGGGCCCGGUCAUGGCGUGUCUGCUGUUGAAUCAGGAAAACGUCCACCUGAAAAUACCGUCGGUCGACACGGUGGACGGCGUCACGUAUUACUGCAUCGAGGUUGCGAUCGCGUCGAUCAAAUGGACCGUGAAACACAGGUAUAGUACAUUUGCGGCGUUGCACGACAGCUUUGUCUCCAAAUAUUGCGUCGAAAAAGACAUUUUACCACCGAAGAAACUCAUAGGCAACAAGUGUGAGGUUUUCGUGGAGAAGCGCAGGCAGAGUCUCGAGAUAUAUCUCAAUGCUGUUUAUAAUUACUUGAAAAAGGCGAUGCCCAGGGAGCUCGCCCUAUUCCUGGAUCUACACGAGUACGAUAUAUAUUUCCUGGUGCAAAGCAUGGCGUUGGAAUUUUUUGUAACGGGUGAUUUGCUACAGGCUUCGACGAGCUACAAAUUCAAUCCUGUACAGUUGUAUGCAAUCAGCGAAAGAUUAAAGCAGCCGUGCCCAUUGCUGGAAGUUGUGGAUAAGGAAUAUGCCUUCAGUCACGUUUUGGAUUUUAAUUCGCGUUUAACUAGCCUCACGAUCGAAGGAAGUUCGGAGCCUUACAAAACUAGCAAUAUUUAUCCGUCCGCUUUGUCUAUUGAAUUAUCCACCUUUAAAAAUGUGCAACAUUUAACGAUUGAUUGGUACCCAGUCGACAAAAUUUACAACAUGGGAAAUCUUCGAGAUACUGUGAUUACGUUAACAGUUACCAAUACCAAGCUCAGAAACAUCGUAGAAUUGGCUAUGUGCGAAGAGGUUCAUAAAAAUAUCGAAAACGCUAACGAUUCUCAUGUAUGGAUGAAGGUGACGCACUUGGACCUCAGUGAUAAUCGCAUAGAAGUUAUAGACGAGGCGAUCAAACUACUGCCGCAAAUAGAAUGCUUGACAUUGAAUAACAAUCACCUGUCUGAAAUAUCCAACGUGACACUGUUGCCGAGAUUAUCUCAGUUGUAUUUAGCAUCGAACAAUUUUACUCAUCUUCCGGAUGAUCUUCACACGAGACUCGGAUAUAUUGUUUACAUCGAUCUGUCACAAAACAAACUCACGUCGCUCGCCAGUUUUUCGAAGCUGUAUUCGUUGGAGGGAUUAGAUGUGAGUUGUAAUCGUAUCGAGAAAAUCGAGGAGGUGAAACACAUCGGUCAUUUGCCAUGCUUGGAGAACCUGAGACUAACGGGCAAUCCAGUAUCGACAAUAGUUGAUUACAGAGUCAAGGUUCUGGAGCCAUUUGGUAAGAGAGCCGCCGAUAUUUGUUUGGAUAAUGAAAAACCAAAUCAAAAGGAACUUGAUACAGUAUCGGUUCAUCAAGCAUUGCGCAUCGCGAGGGAAGGUAAAUCGCCGUCGUUCACCGCAUCCGACGCACCACUUUUCUCCGCUGAAGUUCCAAGUAUAUAGAAAUUUUAAUUGUGGUUCUCUCUAUUAUUGCGACAAUCGUUGCGCGAAGAACAUUUAGAUAUGAAACAAAAAUAUUUUAUAUGGUAUGUAGAUUUGAUCACACUACGAGACUGAUCCUUUCUUCUUGUUAAAACCGUAAUAUUAAUUGUUUUUAGUCUCGAUUUAUCAUACAUUUGCUAUUUUUACGAUGUGAAUAACAUAAGAACGACAUACUUUUUACUUUUACCAUGAUUCUUGAAAACAUGCCAAAUAAAAUAAACUGCGUUUUAUGAAGUUUCCGUGUUGUCUCAUGCAUAAAUUCGAGGUGAAACACGUGUUUCUUGCAAGUAAAUAAAAAGACUACACAAUCCAUGACAAAAUUAUAAAUAUGAACAUAAUGUCAUUUGAUUCAUAAAAUCAAUUUGUAAAAUUUUUACUAUUUUAUACAUAUCAUGCAUAGAGUUUUAUCGAUAACAAUGAA